CCACGCCAGAAACCGCGUAACGAUUACUGCGGCCGUCUUGAAGUCGUCCCAAGCAACCAUCAACCUGCGCACGUACCUCGGCCAGUUCCAGCCUUCCUGCCAGUCCAUACCAUGAGUCUGUUCUUCUGGAAGAAGGACGUGUCUCGCUUGACCAAGUCGCUCCAUCAUCUGCUGCACGAGGUCGCGCCAGCUUUGCCCGACGAAAGGGAUGACUUGGACGACAACGACGCGCUGCUCGCAGACACGGCCACCCCGCCGCUGUCUCCUCGUGACGACCCUUCUUCCAUGUUGAAUGGUGCUGUGAGCGAAGUCGACGUGCUUGACGUAGAUGCCACCGGUCGCGUCGAACGCCUCCUCAUGAAGAUCCGACUCGUGGUAUGCGGCACGCCGGACGUGCCCAUCCAAACCGACGAGUGCGUCCAAGUGGUGGACAUGCUGCUUCGGUACCACGUCAUGGAGCGGCUCGUGCAUCCCGACCUGCUCGUCCAAAUCUCGUUUGAAGCGCAGAAAUCAGUCGGUGCGAUCAUCAAGGCCAUGGUGCAUCAACACCCGGCGGCGAUCCGUCCGAUCGUGUGCCAAGUGUCGUUCCUGGGUCGGCUGUGUCUAGGGUAUGCAUGUCCCGCGACCGAAGUUGUGCUCGUCUGCGGCGCCAUGCUGCGCGACUGCCUGGACACGUUUGACGACGCGAUCUCGUUGUUUCUGUCCAAGAUGCCGGCCGAGUUCGACGUGCUCGUGACCGUCGCGUGCACCCACGCGCACUUCGACAUCUCGUCCGACGCGCUCACCAACAUCAGCUGCCUGCUCACGCACCACACCCCCGAGCUCGACGCCGAAAGCGACCGCGUCUUUACCCAGUACCAGCGUCUCUUGGCGUCGGCCAACUACGCGACCCAGCGCCAUGCGCUUCAGAUUCUGUCCAAAGUGCUGUUAGAUCCAAGGAAUGGCCCCGCCAUGAUGCGGUACAUCUCGGACAAGCACCACCUGAAAGUUGUGAUGCAACUUCUGCGCGAACAAAGCGAUGCGUUGCGCCUCGAUGCCUUCCACGUGUUCAAGAUCUUUGUUGCCAACCCGUCGAAACAUGACGACAUUGUAUCGCUGCUGCUGCGGAAUCGAGACAAGUUGCUCAAGUUUGUGGUCGAGUUUGGCAACGACCACAGCAACGCGUACCCGUCCCUGGCGUCCGAGAUCCGCCUGCUGGUGUUUACAUUGGAGAAACUGGUGGAACCAGCAACUACUAAUCCACCUUUGCCUACCAAUAGCACAGCAACGACGGCAGCAACGACAGACGACGACGAAGUACCUCUGCACCCACCCACCCCAUCACAAAUCGUAGUCCUAGACACCUAACUUAAAAAUCUAUCCACACACCCAUACUUCCAUC